AUGUCAGGGACUCAUAUUAACAGAGCAAGGCUUAAUAAGUGUAUUGACACUGUUUUAGACAAGGAUUAUAAUAAAAUUAUGCUUAAGCCAGUUAAUAAUCAUUCUAGAUUUGAUAUACAUUAUCUUAGAGCAUAUAUUAUAAAUUACAAUAGUUAUUAUGCUAAUCAAUUUGAAAAGAAAUUGAUAAAGAUUACUGAUGUAGAGCCAGAAAAGACAUACUUCAGCAGGUGGCGUAAAUAUAGAUAUCAGCUUAAACCUGAAGAUUUAAAGCAUCAUUGGAAUCACUCAUGUUUUAAAGAUAAGACUGAAGAUAAGUCAUGUUUAUUGAUAACUCAUCAUUAUGAGAAAUUGUUGGAAAAUGUAUUUAGUGGAAUUACGAAUCUUCAACUCUCAAUUUGA